GAUAGAUGUAAAAAUAAAUAAGAUUGUUUAAAACCUAAUUUAUUGAAAUGAUGAUGGAGUUGAGUCAUAGUUUGACCCUCAAUGAGGAUGCUCUUAAUCAAAUCCCAGAGGCCAAACGACCAGUUUUUAUAUUUGAAUGGUUACGCUUUUUGGAUAAGGUUUUGAUUGCUGCACAAAAGAGUGACAUUAAAGGAUGUCAACAAAAGCUUGUAGAACAGUUAACUAAACACAUGCAAGGGGCACCUGGACCUCCUACACGAAGACUUAUUGCAAGAUGUCUUGCCACUUUAUUUAGUGUUGGCGAUACAUUUUUGCUUUUUGAUACUGUUAAUAAGUGCAAUGAUAUUCUUAGAAAUAAGGAUGAUUCUCCAAGCUUUCUUCCAACAAAAUUAGCUGCUAUAUGUUGCGUGGGAUGUAUGUAUGAAAAAUUAGGAAGAAUGAUGGGUAGAUCAUACGAAGAGACUGUACAGAUUUUGAUAAAAUCUUUACGUUCUGCAGAAUCACAAACAAGAAUAGAAAUUAUGCAUACUUUAGAGAAGGUGUGUGCUGGCAUGGGUUCUGCAAUUACAAAUGUUCACAAGGAAAUAUAUAAAAUUUCUAGACAUUAUCUAACAGAUAGAGUUAUGGCUGUGAGAUGUGCUGCUGCAAAGUGUCUGUUGGAAAUGUUAAAUCAUGCUCCAUUUUUAUAUACUACUGAGAUAGAAAGUGUUGCUACACUCUGCUUUCGAGCAUUCGAAGGUUCGAACUACGAAGUAAGAUGCGCUGUUGCUAAGUUACUUGGCACACUGGUAGCAAUGACCCAGCUUCCAAAUCCAAAAGGAAAAAACCCUUCAGUGGCUCAGAAUAAAAAUUGCAAACAAAUUUCACUUGAUGAAGUAUUGAAUAUUUUGAUGUCUGGAUUUCUAAGAGGUGGAGUAGGUUUUUUGAAAGGUACCGGAGAAAUCAUAAAAGGAAACUCUAGCGUGAAUCGUGAAGUUAGAGUUGGAGUCACCCAUGCGUAUGUUGUAUUUGUUCAAAUGUUGGGCGGUUCGUGGCUUGAGCGUAAUAUCGGCGCAUUAAUUGCACACGUACUUGAACUCGUGACAAAUCCAAAAGCAGCAAGUUCACACGUUGAUGCUGUCUACUCUAGGAAAUGUGUUAACUUUAUGUUACAUGGUACUAUUGGUAAAUUAUUAGGUGAAGGAGCUCAAGCUGCUGCAUGUAAAGAAAUAGCGCAUAUUAUCUUAAAGCAAAUGAACUCUAUUGAUUUCAGUCCAGAAAAUGCAAAGGAUUGUAAUCAAGAAACAUUAUUCAGUCAGCAUUUACUUGUAUGUGCUUUACAAGAAAUGGGGAACUUGAUUCUUGGGUUGGGUACAACUGCUUGUAAUUUAUUAAGCGAUCAAUCCUUAAGCUUAAUUGACACGAUUAUGGCUGUUUUGAUUCAUCCAUGUCAAGCGGCUAGACUUGCAGCUUCCUGGUGUUUGCGCUGUAUUUGUGUAGCAGUUCCGAGUCAAAUAACACCUCUCAUUGACCGCUGUGUGGAUGGUAUCGAAAAUAUGCGUAGCUCACCGGAAGCAAUAGCUGGAUAUAGCAGUGCUUUAGCUGCGGUUCUUGGUAGUGUUCGUUUAUCGCCUCUUGGCGUUCCCCACACGAAAGGAAAAAUUAUCUUCAAUACCGCAGAAGAACUUUUAAGAAGUGCGAGUCAAAAUAGUCGUUUAUCAUUGAACAGAACACAUGCCGGAUGGCUUUUAAUUGGAGCUAUAAUGACUCUUGGUACAGCAGUGGUUAAAGGAUUAUUACCCAGAAUGUUAUUAUUAUGGAGAAAUUCUUUCCCUCGUUCAAAUAAAGAACUUGAAAGUGAAAAAGCUAGAGGUGAUGCUUUUACAUGGCAAGUAACUUUGGAAGGUCGAGCUGGCGCGUUAUCUGCUAUGCACAGUUUUCUAUUGCAUUGUCCAGAACUUUUAAAUGAUGACAUUACACGACGACUUUUAACACCAAUUGAGUCUGCAUUGGCAAUGCUGACAAAUUUGUCACCGGUGUUAAAAAAUUAUGGACAACAAUUGAAAGCCCCUGCUGCGAUGGUUCGUUUGCGUUUGUACGAAACAUUGUUAUUGUUGCCACCUCAAACUUUUGAAGUAGGUUCUUAUACGCAUCUCCUGAGAAUGUUGGUAUCCGAAUUCACCCUAACUGAAAAUCCUGGAAACACUACAACUUCGUUAUUACGCGCGGUUUGUCAUGCUAAUGAUUCUGUGAUCCUUGGUACAUGGUUACAAGAAACUGAUCACCGUACAAUAGAAGAUCAAAUGGAACCAAACAGAAGGGCAGAUUUGGAACAUCUACAACCAAAUAGUGCUGCAGGAUCCGGAGCUCUGGAACACAAUCCAUGUUGUCUUUACAGACCGGUACCACAAGAUGAAAUAAUUCCUGGUCCUUUACCUUUGGGAGUUGCUGUUAUUGAUUUAUCUGUGUCAUUGUUUGGUCAAAUCUUCCCACGCGUAGCGAACAAACAUAGAUUACAGAUGUUAGAUCAUUUCAGCGAAUGUAUAAAACAUACGAAAUCUGGUAGACAGGAAGCGAUCCAGAUGAAUGUUUUCACAGCUGUGCUAAGUGGGUUGAAAGGUCUGAACGAAGCAAAAACUGGAUUUGGCCAGGAAGAUGUUAAGAAAUCUGCAACUAAUUUAAUUAUUAGCGCUUUAGUAAGCAGCAAUUCGAUAUUAAGAUGGGCAGCCGGAGAAGCUGUUGGAAGAAUGGCACAAGUUAUAUCAGAUCCCAAGUUUACAGCGGAAUUGGCACAAACAAGUUUCGAUCGUUUAAAAUCUGCUCGGGAUGUUGCAAGUAGAACUGGUCAUUCCUUAGCAUUAGGAUGCCUCCAUAAAUAUGUAGGUGGAAUGGGAUCUAGCCAACAUCUAAUCACAAGUGUCAGCAUCCUGCUUGCACUUGCACAAGAUAAUUCCUCUCCUGUAGUACAAGUAUGGGCACUACAUGCUCUUGCACUUAUUGCUGAUUCUGGUGGACCAAUGUUUCGAGGCUACGUUGAACCUACAUUGUCCUUAGCAUUAACUCUUCUUCUCAAUGUUCCUCAUUCUUAUAUAGAUGUACAUCAAUGUAUAGGGAAAGUAUUAUCAGCUCUUAUUACAACCAUAGGACCAGAAUUACAAGGUAAUACUUCGACAAUCUGUAUGGCACGGUCAUCGUUCUUAUGCGCGUGUGCUAUCAUGCAAGAUCAUCAAGAUCCUCUUGUACAAGCUGAAGCGACAGGAUGUCUUCAACAGUUACAUUUAUUUGCACCGAGACACGUCAAUUUAUCUUCUCUUGUCCCUACGUUAUGUCGAACUUUAUCAAGCAAUCAUUUGCUUUUACGUAAAGCCGCGAUAUCUUGUCUUCGUCAACUUGCCCAACGAGAAGCAAAAGAAGUAUGCGAACACGCGAUGACGUUAGCUAAUGAAAGCCGAGAUACGAACGUGGUGGAAGGUCUUGUUAUAACAGAAACCGGUCUUCCGGGCGUCUUAUUUAGUAUGCUGGACACAGAAACUGAUAGCAAAUUAAUUAAAGAUAUUCAUGAUACGUUGACCAGUAUGCUGCAAAUUUUAGCUGCAGAUAAUUUAUCUCAAUGGUUAUCUUUGUGUAAAGAUGUUCUUACAAUAGCUUCAGAGGCGUGCAAUAACGAAGAAGUAAAUACCAUCAACGUUGAAGAUGGUACCGCGGAUAAUGAUAAUACAGAUGCCGAAGGGGAUGAUGAUCAAGCUGAAUUUCAUGCCGAUGAAUCUACUAAACAACGGCCAACUAUUACUCCACGAUGGCCAACUAGAGUUUUUGCAGCGCAGUGCGUUAGAAGAAUCGUGACUGCUUGUGUAAAUAAUAAACAAGCACAUUGUGAUCUUUCCUUAGCGAAGGAAAUGCAAAUGACUAAGGGGAAAAACGAUUUUCUGGUAUUGCAUCUUUCCGAUUUAGUACGAAUGGCAUUUAUGGCCGCGACUAGUGAUUGUGAUCCUUUACGACUCGAAGGUCUAAAGACGCUACAAGAAAUUAUAGAUAAAUUUGCCAAAGUUCCCGAACCAGAAUUUCCUGGACACCUGUUGCUCGAGCAGUUCCAAGCCCAGGUCGGAGCUGCGUUGAGACCUGCAUUCGCAGCGGAAACAGCGUCCCAUGUUACAGCUGCGGCUUGCGAAGCUUGUAGCGCUUGGAUCGGAAGUGGAGUUGCUAGAGAUCUUAACGAUCUUCGUAGGGUACAUCAACUUCUGGUGUCUUCUUUAGAAAAAUUGAGAGAAGGACAUACAAGACCUCAGCUGUACAAUGAAAGUUUGUUAACUCUUGAAAGAUUAGCGAUUUUGAAAGCUUGGGCAGAAGUAUACGUGGUUGCUAUGAUAAAAGACGGUUCUGCGUUAAACAGCAAGGACACGUUCAAUCAAAAUUCAAACCAAAUCGAAGAGGGAAAUGUUGAAGAUUUUGGACAAUUUGAAUUUCAGACUGAAAGUUUGUUGAGUUUAGUGCAACCAGAAUUGCUUAGCUUAAGUCAGUACUGGUUAGCUGCUCUGAGAGAUCACGCGUUACUCUCGUUACCACCAGAAUUUUCCAGUCAAUUACCACACGAUGGGGGUGCGUUCUAUACAACGGAUACGAUGGAAUCUGCUCGACCCCAUUAUGCAGAAUCAUGGGCACCUAUUUUGCAUGCCGCAACGCUUUGGCUGAAUGCAAAAGGAUUUGGAUUCGAAGAAACUAACAAUGAAGUGCAACUAUCGAAUACGGCUAAUAACAACAAUAAUAAUAACAAUAGUGACGUUUCUACUAAAACUAACGCUAAUAUUGAACGUUUUCAUUUAUUAUUUGGUAUAUGUAUGGAAGCUUUAUGCAGUCCUCGAGCUUCGGAAUCUGCUCAAAAUACAGAAACGUGUUUAAAUGCUUUAUACACAUUGUUAGAUUCUGCCUGGGCACGUAAGGUUUUGAUCGCAGAUCGUUCAUUACCGAUUGAAUUGUGUAAUGUUCUUCACAGAAUGCUUCUAACUAGAGAAAGUUACGUGAUCCAGAUGAUAGUAAUGGAAGUUUUAAAACAAGUAAUGAAAGCAGCGCAGGAAGAUUUAGCAGAAAGAAAAAAGAUUAAACUGAACGAAAUAGCACCAGCACACGACGAAAGUAAUGAAAUUCAAGAAGUAGAUUUGCUAGGAGAAGGAGAAGAGAAUGGGGAGCUUAUUCCAGGCAAAUCGUUGGUAUUUGCCAUUCUAGAAGUGUGUCUGUGUCUUUUGGUUCGACAAAUUCCAGCACUGAAUCCUAAUCCUGCUGGAACAACAGCAAUAUUAUCCCAAAAAGGGUAUAUACCAUCAGAAGAAAGUGGAAAACUUAUAGCAGCUGCAUUGAAUAUAAUGGAGUCUCUUCCUACUUUAUGUUCUCCUCAAGGAGCUAUAGCAAUUUUACCAACAUUACUGUAUUUAGCAACUGGGGUAAUCAAAGAAACUGCAGUGCGCACAGACAAUGAAUGCAACAAAAUAGCAUCAGAUGCACCAGUGCAUGCAGCUUUACAUUGUAUAAAAAAUCUUAGUACAAAUAAAUAUGCAAAGGAUCAUAGAAGUCAGGAACAGUGGACAGGUCUUUUACAAAGUGCUCUUGCUAAAAUCAUUGAUCUGGCUAAAACAGGAAAUGACGAAACAAAAAUGGACGAAGUAACGAUGAUGUUAGCUAUUGCAGUGUUUGUUCUUCAUGCUACACAAGAAGUUGUAAUUGCGCCAAAUCUUCAGUUUCCGUGUAUCAAUCAUUUUAGACACGCUUUUCAAUCAGAAAAUGUAAUGGUCAAAUUAAAAUGCGUUCAAACAUUGAGAACGAUAUUUUUACAUCCAGAACGUGUAAUAAGUACACCUUAUAUCCAUGCACUAGCUCCAAGAUUAGUAGAAUAUCUAUAUAGUGACAAAAGCAAACAAGUUACAAAUGAUUUAGAGUUAUCUUUUACUCUGGAAUGUAUUAGCACUGUCGAGGCUCUUAUAGGAGUUGCUGAUAUUUCUAAUCGAGACCUUCUACAAGGAAUACAGAUGUUAACUUUACUUGUGCCAAUUUUAAUUAAUUAUCUAUUGGAGGGAGAACAACUUCAGCAUGCUACUAAAUAUCAACUGAGUCUUCAUCAACAGAGUUUUCAAUGGCUUAAUAAAAUAGGACCAAAAUAUCCACAGGAAUUUAAAACGUUGAUGUCACAAUCUACAGAAUUGAAAACCAAAUUAGAAAACGCUGUACGAUUCACUCAUCAACAAGCACAGAGGCAUACCCGACCAGUAGAUCUCGUAAAGCCACAAAUAAAGAUCACUACACCAUCUAUUAAACUAAAAACAGAUUUUUCAAAUUUCAACUAAAUGUUUCU